CGGGACGCUUCUUCAGGAACAACAACACGGCUACUCUUUCAACCACCUCGGUAGCUUGCUAGCCAACAUAAAACUUACAGAUUGAUGUUUUAGACCAUGUUUGUGUACAUUCGGCAAACCCAGUGUUUAAAACACAUGUCAGCUGACGUAUCAACUGGUUAACUUUAAUCUAAUUUGCCUUUUCAAUUUGCAAACGAGUUAAAUAUUGAUACUGAGCCUAGCACUCGGCUAGUCGCUAAUGCUAACUAGCUAGUUAACUAACAUCCCCGACCAUGAGUUCACUAAACUACUAUUCCCCUGCUAAAGAAGAGGAUGUCUGCUGUACGAAGAAAGAAGCUCUAGAGAUGAACAUUGUCGUGAAAGAAGAAGAAGAGGUGGAUAUUACAGUGAAAGGAGAGAAAGAACAUUUUAGAAUUAAAAAGGAAGCAGAGGAGGCUGUUACAGUGAAAGAAGAGAAAGAACCUUUUAUAGAGGAAGAGGAUUCUAUCUCAAUAAAGGUGAAGGAGGAAGAAGUUUUGGGAGUGAAAGAGGAGGAGACAGAAGAUCAGAUUAACACCAGAGAAAAACCAAACUCGGGGGAACAAGAGACAUCCAAACCAGCAAGACGACACCUCUGCUCCCAGAUUGGAAAGAGUUUUACCAAGUUAGGAAGCCUGAAAGCUCAUGAGCGAAUACACUCAGGGGAGAAGCCUUACCACUGCUACCAUUGUGGAACUAGGUUUACCAAGUUAGGAAGCCUGAAAAGACAUGAGAGGAUACACACCGAAGCGAAGCCUUUCCAUUGCACCCUGUGUGGAACGAGUUUUAACCUUUUAGGAAAUCUGAAAAGACACGAGAGAAUACAUACAGGGGAGAAGCCUUUCCAUUGUGCCCAGUGUGGAAAGCGUUUUAGCUUGUUAGGGAACCUGCAAUCUCAUGAGCGAAUACACACAGGGGAGAAGCCAUACCAUUGCGCCCAGUGUGGAAAUAGUUUUAGCGAAUUAGGACACCUGAAAGUGCAUGAGCGAAUCCACACAGGUGAGAAGCCUUACAAAUGCUCCCAGUGUGUAAAGAGAUUUAGCCACUUAGGAAACCUGAAUGAACACAUGAGACUGCACACAGGAGAGAAGCCUUACCACUGCAUCCAGUGUGGAAAGGGAUUUAGCCACUUAGGAAGCCUGAAAGCUCAUGAGCGAAUACACACAGGGGAGAAGCCUUUCCAUUGCACCCAUUGUGGAAAGAGUUUUAGCCAGUUAGUUAACAUGAAAAGACAUCAGCGGAUACACACGGGAGCAAAGCCACACCAUUGCUCCCAGUGUGGAAAGAGGUUUAGCCAGCCAGGAAAGCUGAAAGCUCAUGAGCGAAUACACACAGGGGAGAAGCCUUUCCAUUGCUCCCAGUGUGGAAAGAGUUUUAUGCGGUUAGACACCCUCAAAACUCAUGAGCGAAUACACACGGGGGAGAAGCCAUACCAUUGUGCCCAGUGUGGUGAGAGUUUUAGCCAGUCAGGAAUCCUGAAAGCUCAUGAGCGAACACACACAGGUGAGAAGCCUUUCCAUUGCUCCCAGUGUGGAAAGAGUUUUAGCCACUUAAGAAAUCUGAAAGCUCAUGAGCGAACACAUACAGGGGAGAAGCCUUUCAAUUGCUCCCAGUGUGCAAAGCGUUUUACCCAUUUAGGAAAUCUGAAAGAACAUGUGAGACUGCACACAGGGGAGAAAUCUUACAAGUGCUCAGACUGUGGGAAAACAUAUUGCUCAUCACAGUCACUUAAACGUCAUGUGAGAAUCCACACAGGAGAAAAUAAUUACUUAUCCUAGUGUGUAAAUUGAUAUUUCACAUCACAUUGACUUAAAAUUCAUCAGAGAACAUACACAGUGCUCCCAUUGUCUUAUAUUGUUGACUGAGAAUGGGUUUACUUGUUUAUACCAUAUGAAAUUAAAUUAAUAAUUGUACCAAGUAUACUCAAACAUAUAUUUGUAUGUUUUUAUUAGAAAACAUUAAUUGAAUAUGGAGUUGUCAGUUUCAAUGUAGGAUAGAUCAGGUUCCAUGUGUUUAAAUUUUAAGUUAAGUUUAUCUGGGUGUCAUUCCUCCAGCACCACAGAUUAAUUAACAAGUGAUAUCUGGAUGUGAUGCAUUUGUUCCAUUGUUGACAUUUGCAUUGUAGCCCACUGAUGAUUUAAUGAAAUGAAAAUGUUCAGACUCUGUAAUGGAAAAUGUUAGUUGUUUGUGUGUCCACAUAACUGAGUAUGUGACUAACCUUGUGAAACUGUCCUAUUAUAAUCUCCUGUUCUUGGGAGUAUCAUCCUGUGUUGCAAACCAAUUUGCACCUGUGUCCUUGUAUGAAUAAAGUCCCGCCCAGGAACAGGAAACUAUAAAGAUAUGUGCUAAUCACUCAAUGCUUCAGGAAUUCAGGCUGUCUACACUGCGCUGUGUAACUGUUAUUCUCUCUGAGCUCAGAAAUAAAGAAUCUUGGUU